UUUAACAAGUACGUACCUAUCAAACAACACGAUGAUUUACCUGACAAAUUUUACCUGUGCAAAUACAUGUGCAGAGUGUUGAAGGAGGCACCUUGGCAUUGGCGUAAACAUGUCAAUAUACAUAAUGUGUAUGAUGUAGGACAUCCCGGAUGUGUGAUAAGACGUUACCCAAACCUCGUGUUUACCUGUCAAUGCUUGUCUAUGGAAAUACUACAAAUUAGAACUUUUCAUGAUUUAGUGAAAUAUUGAGAUCUGACAGUUUGGAGGAUUAAUCUGCUUCGUAACAAUGUUUGAUUUCUACGAGUUUUCGGUCCUGGGGAAGGUUUGGCUGAUGAUAAAAUCGCAGAGUAACCUUCCCCUAAAGGCGAUCGCUGUCUUCAUUUUAUGGUUUAUAUUUCAUGACACGGCGUAUUCUCUCAUUCAGUUGGGCUUCCGAAAGCACAACAACAAAGAGGGAGUACGUGUACGUAAGCAGAAGAAGAAAAUGGCCGAAGAAGACGUUCAAAAGUGCAUGGAAUGGUUGUUCAAGACACAGGAGGAUUUGCAGACGAGUCCGUUUGGAUCCUGUCAAGCCGAAGUGAUGUCCGCCAUGGCAGCACAGAAGAACCGGAACAAAGAAGUACAGAGUUACGGGACAGGCCUCAACAGACUGUUUAGUAAACAUCAACUAGGUCAGAAGGAAACAGUGGAUAUCUCGGCGGCGUACGAAUCUGUCAAGGCGGUGUCAAAUAAGAAACUGUCCUGUAUGGAGGUGUUGAGCGGUAUUGCCUCCCUUGAGGAUUCUAUCCAGAGCCUGUCGUCCGAGUUCGAUGCUAGGUCUGUCCACCUAGUCAAUAUGAUGGAGAACAACAAACAGAUGGACCGUAACAACCAGAGUAACGAGACUCUCGCCCGGACUGCGCAGGGUUGUGUUGUCGCCGUCCGGAACAACUGGCGCUGGAUUAACACAGUACUCCAGUGUUCACAGGUCCACCUCCAUAACGCAGCGUCCUACCAAGAGUUUUUCCACGAAGUGGAGGAAGUUGAAUACUGGAUGAACACGACGUUGUCAAGGAUACAUCUGACCUUUGACCGCUCAAAGCUGAAUGGUGACAAGGCAGAUGCCAAGUAUAUCGAAUCUGAGAUGAAGGAUGUCCUGUUGGCCUACCUACAAUGGCAGGGUAAGGUGGAGAGUCUAUUUGACCGCGCCAAACGUAUCGUUCCUGUCCCCCGCCGGAUCAGGAAGUUAGAGGAGCCACGCCCCGUCAUCGCCAUUGCGGGGUACAAAUCGUCGGAGAUAGAGUUCCAGGAGGGAGAAUCUUUGACGCUACUAGACAACAGCGACAGAACAAAGUGGCUGGUAAAGAACGCCCGGGAUCAGACGUCCAAGGUACCCGCCGUACUAUUGGUCAUCCCUGGACCUUCCGGUCCCGCUGUGGACGCAGUAAUGAGGUUGAGAACACAACUGCUGGCUUUAUGGACAAUGAGUAUCAAGCGCCUCGGCUACCAGAUGGUUGCAUUCAUGCUGAUGGUAUUCCGGGACUGGACAGAGGAAGAGAUCGCCAGCCUACAGGCGAUGAGUCUAAAGGACCGUAACGACCUGAUCCGAGUCAUGAACAACAUCGAGAACACUUUGUACGAUACGUGGAAAGGCUACGGGGACUUUAAGGAGCUUCAGGAACGUAUCGCCAGACUGCGCAUGAUCCUUGAGGAGGGAGACAGGAAUGGUACUGGUGCCCCAUUGACAGCUGUUGUUCAGAUCAAAUCCCUGGAAAAUCUUCUGAACAAGUACAAGGACUUCUGGGCCUAUUGGGAGACAUUCAAAGUUAUCGUGGAGCUUGUUCAGGAGCCCAAACAUCUGUUGGUCUGUGACAAGUGGGAUCAGCUCAGAUUCGUGUCCACAGCACACUUUGUUAAGUUUUGGGACACCGCCGUAGAUCUGAAUCUCUCCGACCUCUCCAGAAUGGAUACGGCUGUUACUUUGCACGAGACUCCCAAAGUGCCCUUCCCUCCCCGUCCCCAGCAACCAAGAAAGGAGGAGGAAAUGAUUUCGGAGGAAGUACAGGAGCAAUUCACACAAAACAUCGUCACAAUGGACGAGGCCGGGCCGCCAGCCUAUCAGGAACAGGAAGAUGAGGAGUUUUAUGAAGAGUAUUGUGAGGAGACCGUCACCGAGAGCGUUAUGUCGACGGUGGCGGAGGAGAGGCAGACAUUUACGAUCGAUUCCGUUAAGGAUCCGCGCACCAAAGAUGACUACAUCAGUCCUCAAGAAGCAAUUAUACUCGGCAUCCUCGACCAGGUCAACAAUCAGUACGUCAACAUAGUCACAAAGGAAACCUUGUCAAUGGGGUCCGCCAUCAAUAGGGGGAUUGUGCAAAUAUCGUUCCAGUCUCGCGAGAAAAUUCGCGAGGAGGAUCAGUCAUACGGACUGAUUACUAUAAAGACGACCAAGGAUACACGACCGUUCACAAUAAAGGCAGUAAUAGACCCCCGUACUGAGGAGGAGUUAACUGUAGCUCAAGCAAAGGUCAAGGACAUCAUGGAUGAUGUAAAAGGAACGUACACAACAGAAGAUGGGGAUGUGAUCUCUAUCAGGGAUGCUAUACAUAGCGGACUUGUGAUCGCCAGCUUUGAGGAAGGUGAGAAUGGGGAUGAACAAGAGGAGGCACAAGUAAAGACGUACGCUGUACACGGGGUAGUCGACCAGAAGCUCAAAUCUAAAGUGUCGUUCAUGACGGCCGUCAAUGAAGGGCUACUGGACCGAGAUGAUGGUCAGUAUGUGAACAAUGUGACAGGGGACAAAGUUCCCGUACAAGAGGCCAUCAUGAGGGGCUUCAUCAAAGCCAGACUCGUCACCGAUCCCUCUAAACUCGACAUCGAUCCAUCAAAUAAUAUCGUCAUAGACCGACUCGAAAAAGCUAGAUCGAAGAUUCUCUCUGCUGUCAGAUCUGCGCAUGCGUUCAAAGGGUUAACUAAUGGCAAAAAGUAAUCAAGAUUCCAUUGACGUAUAGACAUCAUUGCCUGUUUUUGUGACGCGUUAGAGAAAAUCGUAUAAAUCAUAGUAUGUAGUGUUAGUAUGAGAUAUCUGUGCUUUACAAAUCAGCAAUCUAUUUGAUCGGGGCGUAUUCUGAAGGAACUUAACUUAACCAGUUUUAAUACAUGUGCUUAGUCGAGGAAGUUAAUAGGAGCACGAAAUGAGAAUUGUUUCAUACAGUCUCUUUUAAAAUGAUAAUGGUUGUCCUAAUUAUGAUUUAUAUAAAGAUUUAUUAUUUCGUGUUAAGGUUUCAGUUACAUAACCACACAGUCAUAGAGUAAAUCAAAGCAAAGGGUAUUCUUCGAGAACUUUGUAACAUGCUAGUAAAUUACAUUGUAGAAUUGUAUUUACAACAAGGGUACGAGCGAUACCGCAUCCAUAUGUCGUUUUACUUACACUUUGUAUGAACAUGUAAUCAGUGUUUACUUUUGUAAUGCUUUGUUAAAAACUGAGCCUGUGACAAAUAGUAUUUCUGUUUAUUUUUA